AUGUGUGGAGUCCAAGUCCCCUCAAAAAGAUACAAAAUUUGUUUAAUAGGAGAUGGUGGUGUAGGUAAAACAACUUACAUUAAUAGAGUUUUAGACGGUACAUUUUGUAAAGAAUAUAUAGCUACUAUAGGUGUUGCUUGCCAUCCCGCCACUUUUUGGAUAUCAGCUCAUGAAUCUAUUGUUUUUGAUGUUUGGGAUACUGCAGGACAAGAAAAGCAUGCAGCUCUAAAAGAUAUUUAUUAUCUUGAAGCUGAUGGUGCUAUUUUCUUCUAUGACGUAACAAGUAGAGUUUCUGCUAAUAAUUUAUCUACUUGGAUGCGUAACUUUAAAAAUGUAGUAGGAAAUAAACCAAUGGUUAUUGUCGCUAAUAAGAUUGAUUGUACUGACAGAAAAGCCAAUAGAAAGUCUAUUUUACAAUCAGCUAGGGAUUAUGAUUACGAUUAUUGUGAGAUCAGUGCUAAAACUACUUAUAACUUCGCUCAACCUUUUUUACUACUUGCUAGGAGAUUAUAUAAUAAUAACAGUCUUGUAUUUGUUUCUAAUAUUAAUUUACAACCUUCUGAGUUGCAUUAUGAUGAUGCGAAGAACGUAAAUGAAGAUUAUGAUAUUGCGAGAAAUGCUGAAAUUGAAGAAUAA